AUGGCGACAAAUCGCGAGAGAGCCGAUUCGGACGUCAACGAAAAGCAGUCGUCGCAUUCGUCCGACAGUGUCCAGACCGCCACGGAUCCCAGCCUCCAAGCGCCGCAAGCUGAGAAGAUGACCCGGUUGAAUACCGACACGCUCCUCCCCCUUCCGGACGACGAUAACCGGCCGCGGACGGUGUCUCCUUCGGGCAAUCGCGAAGAAGCAUCUCGACUGAACGACGACUUGGAGUUAUUGCGUGCUGAACGAUUCGUAUCAAACCAGGAACACGAAGGGAAAUCUCACCACGGAAGGACGCACCAAGGCGAACCUGAGGAUGUCUUUGCUACCAACGCCAACCCAGAGCCGCCGAAACCUCCUCCCGAGAAGAAGGCGGGUGCCUUUGCCUUUGCUAUCUGGAAGUGGCUCCGCAAAUUCCCUCGAUGCUUCCGCUACACCGUCUACAUGAUCCCCGGAGCUGCUCUCCUCCUCAUCCCCGUUCUGAUGGGUGCCCUCGUCGUGGACCCCGACAGCGCUACCGUCGGCGGCGCGACGGGCGUGUACCUGAUGUGGUUUGGCAUCUGGCUUGAGGUUAUUUGGUGCUCCCUCUGGACGACUCGUAUGAUUACGAGCUUCAUCCCCCUCGUCUUCGGAGGCAUUGCCAUUGUUAUGGGUUCGUCCAACCACAAGAAGUGGAGGGACGUCGGCCAGGGUCUCGAACUUCACACUGCCCUCUUCACCUGGAUGGUCGCAAUCCUCUGUUCCUUCUCGCCCAUUAUUGAUGACCACCGUGUCGUCCCGGACAACUUCGAUGGCGACUCGGACGACCUUCCGAAACUCAUGUGGAUUGACGUCGUCCGGAAGGUCAUCAUCGCUCUGUUGGUUUUGGCCGCUCUCAACUGGGUCGAGAAGAUCUGCAUCCAAUGGAUCGCCACCUCUUUCCACCAGCGCACAUACGUCCAGCGAAUCGAGACCAACAAGAGCGACAUCGACCAUUUGGUCCAUCUCUACGAGCACUCCAAGAUGCGCAUCGCCCGCGAGGAUUCCAUCUGGCAGACGACCGAGACUGGCGGCCCUUCCGGCUCCCGUACUCCCAUGGGCGUCGUUGGCAAGAACGUCCGCUACGCCUUUAACAAGGCUGGCGGCGUCGCAGCCCGCGUCGGCAACGAUUUCAUAGGUCGAAAGGUUGCCUUCAACCACGCCCGCAAGAUCGUCUACGAGAUGUUGCGCAAUACCGGUUCUGCUCACGCCCUGGCUCGCCUCAUCUUCCGCAGCUUGGUGAAGGAAGGGAACGACACCAUAUACCUUGAGGAUAUGCAAGUCGCUUUCAAGACGUCCGAGGAGGCCGAGCACGCUUUUGGUAUCUUCGACAAGGAUCUGAACGGCGACAUUUCAAUGGACGAGAUGGAGGGAACCUGCAACGAGAUCCACCUCGAGCGUAAGGCCAUCGCCGCCUCUUUGAAGGAUCUGGACUCCGUCAUCAAGAAGCUGGACAAGGUCUUCCUCUUCAUGAUCUUCAUCAUUGCUAUCAUUGUCUUCAUCUCCAUUCUUUCUGGAUCCGCCGCCGCCGGUCUUGCCUCCGCAGGAUCCAGCUUUCUGGGUCUGGCGUGGAUGCUUCAGGCUACUGCCCAGGAGUUUCUCCAAUCCAUCAUCUUCGUCUUCGUUAAGCACCCUUUCGAUGUCGGUGACCGCGUCACCGUAUACGGCAACACUGGAACUCUCGGAACUGGUGAUGACUACUACGUCACUGAGAUUUCUCUUCUUUACACCGAGUUCAAGAAGAUGGAGGGCCACAUUGUGCAAGCGCCUAACAGCGUUCUUAACACUCUGUUCAUUCUCAACCAGCGUCGUUCCGCCAGUCUGGCUGACCCCAUCGAGUUGAAGCUUGGUUUUGGCACCGAUCCUGCUCUUAUUGAAGAGCUCAAGUCUCGCAUGCUGAACUUCUGCCUCGACAACAAGCGCGACUACCAGCCUCGUAUCAUCACCGAAGUCAAGACCCUUAACGAGGUCCAGUCCUUCACCAUGAACCUCAUCUUCUUCCACAAGACCAACUUCCAGAACGAACUUCUCCGUCUGCAGAGACACAACCGCUUCGCCGCCCAGCUCAUGGCCGAAAUCCGAGACCUCGGUAUGCAGGGUCCCUGGCAGGUACAGCCCGGUGGUUCCCGCGAGUACCCCCUCUUCUGGACCGGCAGCGCCCCUCCGCCAUCUUACAACUCGAGCAACGCCGGCCCCGGCCCCAGCGGCGCCCCUCCCGCGACCCCCGACGGUGCCCAGUCUCACCAGUCUCUGCAUCAAUCGUCGACCAACCUUGGCCACGCCGUGGCCACUCGUUCUCGCGCCGACUCGCGCACUGGUGUCACUCCUUUCAUCGACGACAGGUGGAGCGAUUUCCAGGACGUAUUCGAAUCUCGUAGGGAGACUCAGCAGCAACCCCACCGUUUACAGAGCAUCCGCGAACGCGCCAUUCUCGAGCCUACUACGAGCAACAGCACGAGUGUAGCGCACCCACGUCAAAGUGUCGAUUCCGGUUCCCAGCGACGCAAGUUCUGGGGAAGGCCACGCAGCUCUAGCAGAGGAGCCAGGGACAUCGUCUAG